AUGUGGAAAUUGCUGAAUUACUCCGUGAUUAUUUUUCUUUCCUUUAAAUCUGAGCUUGUUAAUGGGGAGCGUAGUGUGGAGUUUCUGGCAGGCAACUGUACCUAUAACGAAAAGUACUUCAGGAACUUUUCCCUGACCAUUUCAAAGAAUAUGAUGAACAUGGAAAUGGACUUGAGCAGACCCAUUGUGAGGGGCUUUAAGGUUCACUUUGAUAUACAGCUGCGACUUGCGAAUGCCAAGAACUUCCAGUCUGUCUUCAGCCAGGUGAACGACGUCUGUGCCGCCACCUCGGCUGUGAAGAACAGUCUGUUCAAGUCCUGGUUCAAGGAUAUGACGAAGCACGGUAAUUUCAUGUAUAACUGUCCCGUCCAGGUGGGCCACUACUAUAUGCACAACUGGCGCAUGGGCAGCACCAUGACCCACAGGUUCCUCAUUCCGGGCGAGUACCGCGGCAAAGUCGAGUUCUUCUACGGGAAGUACAAGACCAAGACCUACGAGGAAACCCUCACCCUGAUGAUUGAUACGAUCCUGUCGAAUUAA